GUGGCAAAUCAGUCAUUUGACCAUAAAGGGGGUACAGAACGUAGCAUGUUAACAGUAAAGCAAAUCUCUGCACAAAAAAAAAACUGUCUUUUUUGAUACCUUCUCUUUCAUUUUUCAAGACAGACAUGUUCUUGUUCUUUUCUCUCUUAAAUACCCUUCAUUAUCACUACUGUUUUCUUGUCACUUCUCAAACUUCACAUUUUUUUUGUUUUCUCUAAGGAACAAAAACUAUGGCAUUUUCAACUAAACUCUCUGUUCUUGUUCUGAACAUUUGUUUUUGGGCUAGCUUUGUAGUUUCUCAGCCUGUUUUAAACAUGGUGGAACAAGAAGCAGUGUACAAUGUUCUUGAAUCCAUUAACUCUGAUAUACCUUGGCGUUCUCUUUACCCUGAUGACCUUUGUUCCUCUUCUCCACAUGGGAUUCUUUGUGACUAUUUUACCCUCCAAGAUAAUGAUAAUGACUCAUUUACUGCUCAUGUAACUGAGAUUAGUCUUGGUUAUGUUUCAGAUUAUGCUCCUAAUCCACCUUGUACUCCUAAAAGUACUCUUAAUGCUUCCCUUUUUGCGCCUUUUGGUUAUCUAAGAAAGAUUUUUGUUUACAAAUGUUUUGUUGAAAGUGAGGUUUCUUUGCUUGACUUUGGGUCUUUGCCUUCUUCUUUGGAUGAGUUGGUUUUCUUGGAGAACCAAGGUCUUGUUGGUAAUUUAAGUGAAAAAGUUGGUAACUUGAGGAGUUUAAGGAGGUUGGUUUUAAGUGGGAGUUCUGUUUCUGGGAAAAUACCAGAUGGGGUGGGUGGUUUGGUAAACUUAGAACAGUUGAGUUUAUCAAGAAACAAGCUUAGUGGUGAGAUUCCAGUGGGGUUGAAAACACUGAAGAAACUUAAGGUUCUUGAUUUGAGUCAAAAUGAACUUGGAGGUAAUGUUACUGAGUCUAUAGGAAAUAUGACUCAACUUUUGAAACUUGACUUAAGUUCCAAUAGGCUCUGUGGGGGAAUACCUGAAAGUUUGAAAUGUUUAAAGAGUUUGGAGUUUUUGGAUUUGAGUUAUAACAGUUUUUCGAAUUCUGGGAUUCCAUUGUUCUUGGGAGAGAUGUCUAGUUUGAGGGAAGUGUAUCUAAGUGGAAACUUUCUUGGAGGGGAAAUUCCAGAAAUAUGGGAGAAUCUUGGGGGUAUUGUGGGUAUGGGAUUAUCAAGAACAGGACUAAUUGGGAAUAUUCCUGUUUCUAUGGGGGUGUCCUUGAAAAACAUAUGUUAUUUGGGACUUGAUAAUAACAAGUUGGAAGGUACAUUGCCUGAAGAGUUUGGGUCAUUGGAGUAUGUGAAUGAGUUACAUUUGGAGAACAAUAAUUUGAGUGGCAGACUUCCAUUUACUGCUAAAUUUGUGUCUAAAGUUGGAGAAAAGUUGAAGUUGGAAGGCAACCCUCAACUCUGUGCAGAUGAAGGCUUGAGAAUUCCUAAUGUUAGUGUUAGUUUGAAGCUACUAAAAAUGUGCAACAAUGUUGUUGUUCAAAAGUCUGUCCCUUUUUCUGGGGCAUAUUCACUGUUACCAGCUUCCCAUGUUGUCAUUUUUCUUGGAAUUUUGUUUUUCCUAUGCUGGUAGUAGAGAAUCUUGGGCAUAUACUGACUACUAAUGACUUUAAGGAUAGGAAAAUUUUGGAUUGUGUUCUGAUGGCACUUGUUGAUAUAAACUUUUGGGUUUUAGUAGAUUUUUCUUUCUGUUUUUCCCUUUUUGCAGUUCAAGGAGAAGAAAGCAAGAGAUGUAAUUAUAAGUUGUUAAUUUAAGGAAAAUUCAUAUUGCAGCA